GGAAACCGGAUCUGCAACAAUUACCUCGAAGGUUUCACAUUUUUUUGUGGUUGUUUUGUGGCUGUCGCUUUUCUCCGGGAUAUAUCUACACCUAGACCCGCCUCGGUGCUCCAGGCUAAUUUACAACACUUCAUAAUAAUAAUAUAGUAUAUUAUAAUCUCAGUUUUCGGCGUGUUUUUGAAUCGUUAGUGUAGUUUGUGCAGACACACCCUCUGGAGUUGAGGAGGCGUCACCGCGGCAGCUCUACAUUCACACUCCUCACUGCUUUCAUUGUUGUUUUAUAGCAUAUUUAGUAAUGGCAUAUCCAGGAUACGGUGCUGGACACGGUGGAGUCCCGAUGCAGCAGCAGGAUCCUCUCUACGGAUACUUUUCAUCUGUAGCUGGACAGGAUCAGCAGAUCUCAGCGGACGAGCUGCAGCAAUGCCUCACACAAUCCGGCAUCUCUGGCACAUACAAACCCUUCAGCCUGGAGACGUGCAAACUGAUGAUCAACAUGCUGGAUAGGGACUACUCCGGCACUAUGGGUUUUGAUGAGUUCAAGCAGCUGAGUCAGGUUCUGAACGGCUGGAAGACGACCUUCAUGUCCUACGACCGAGACCGCAGCGGGACGGUGGAGGGCCACGAGCUGCAGCAGGCCCUCACCACUAUGGGUUUUAAUCUGAGUCCUCAGGCCCUGAACAUCAUCAUGAGGCGCUACAGCUUUGGCGGCAAAAUCGCGUUCGAUGACUUCGUGAGCAGUUGCGUAAAACUCCGCGCCCUGACUGAUCAGUUCCAAAGGAGAGACACAACCCGAACUGGCAGGGCCACAUUUAUGUAUGAUGACUUUAUCCAGGUCUCCAUGAGCGUAUGAAGAGGAAGAGACUAAACAGAGGGGACACUGUGUAUUUUGUAUUCUUUGUUGUCCAAAAAGGGUUAAAAUGCCACUUUCACAUUCCAUGUUAUUGUUUAAACAAAAUAAUGUGUAUUGUAAUAAACUGAUAACAAUAUAGUAAUCCGUGUUAGCCCAAUGCUAAAGCUCUGUGUUAGCCCAUAGUGCUGGCCGUGUGUGAACAUGUAUGAAAUAAACAUGUCCACCACAAACUGGUGUUUGGCUCCUAUUUACUCCCUGUAGGUGUUUAUUUGUUUGUUUGUAUUUUUGAGGUCAGAUGCAGAAUGAUUUUAAACAUGGAAACAAAAUUACAGUGAAAAUAAAAACCCUAACUUGUCUGUUAAAUUUGUGUUAACCUCCAAAGUAGUUCUUGUCAGGUUAACCACUGUCAUAAAUAUAUGUACAAUUAUGUAACGUAGUAAUGUCGGUAGUCAUAGCAACAAUAAUUCUGCUUUAUGCUCUUAACAAGUGGAUCUAACCUGACUAAUAGACAUAUUUCAUCCACUGAUAACUGGCCAUGAUAUAAUAUAAUAUACAUAACAUCACAUCACAUAAACAUAAACUUAACUAUCUCGCGAGAGUUUCCCCAACUUGUGGGUUCCCUUCUAGAUACUACCUUUUUUACAGAAGACAAUAGGAAAAGAACAGGUGUAAAUAAUAAUUAAAUUAAAUGAUGUGUGCAUUGGUUUUUGGCCGUCUCCAUCUUGGUUUUUGCUGAUAAGGUGUCUGUGACCUGAUCUGAUCUGGAUGUGAACGAUCACCUUGUUUGAUCUUAUGGAGGUGUUAAACUGAUGUGAGACACCUGUUGACUGCUGAGUCACAUGAGGCUACAUGUCACAUUGUCAGACCGGUUCCCACUGCAGUUACAAUGUAAAAUAAAAAUAUUCGAAAGAUUA